CGGAGGAGUUUCAUCAUGGGAAACUGUGACGUGUGUUCUUGGGCAGGGUCUGAGGUUUUGGAACCUUUUUCUAAAAGGGACAGAGAGAGCACCCUGCUGCAUUUGCUAAUCGAGAGGCUGGCGUGCUGGGCUGAGCUGGUCAGGAUGCGGCAGGUCCUCGUGGGCAGCAGGCUUGUCCUGGCUCUUGCCUUCAUCCUGGUUUGGGGAUCUUCAGUUCAAGGUUACCCUGCUCGGAGAGCCAGGUACCAGUGGGUACGCUGCAAGCCUGAUAGCGUCUCUGCCAACUGCAUCGAGGAGAAGGGACCGGUCUUCGACCUAAUGGCUGAUGAAUCCAGCAACAUUGGUCCUCCACUGACCGAUCCUGUUCUGACGAGAAGAUUCCAGAAUGAUUUCUUCCCUAUUUCAGAAGACUACUCUGGGUCCGGCUCUGGCUCCGGCUCAGGCUCUGGUUCAGGUUCUGGUUCAGGUUCCGGCUCCGGUUCUGGUUCCGGUUCCGGUUCCGGUUCCGGUUCCGGCUCAGGAAAUGGUUUUCCAGAUGACAUGGAAUGGGAAUACCAGCCAAGGGAUGAAAGCGAUAUUGUCUAUUACAACUAUAGGCCUGUAGACAGGAUGCUCCCAGAGGAAAACCAAGAGCAAGUAGAAGAUUUCAUUAUGUGAAAGUGACCGUUUCCGUUUCCCCACCCCCACAGGGAACAAUGUAUUCAGUAUACUUUGUGAACCACAUUUAAAUGAUCAGUCUCAGGAUAAAGAGUUUUAUAGAAAUUUAAAAUGCCUGGAAAAGACUCUUAAAUCCUGUCAUCCUUUCCUCAUUAAUUCGUAAGGAAUUAUGCCUUAAUCCUUUUAUCUACCUUAUUGUUCUGGAAAAUAUCCACAUUUAUGUGUGUAUUGAAUCAACAUUAUGAAAUGAAUGUACACUUUUGUUAUUAUACAAUAACUUAAAAAAGCCAUGCUGUUUCUGAAAAAUUCAAUUUGAAUAGCAAAUUGAUGAAUAAUAUUUCAUACCUAAAAUGUUCAGGAACCGGACUUGCAUUGUGAAUUACAGAUAUACUCCUUCAUAUGAUUUAAAAUAAAACAGAACACAGUGACCUCA